AUGGGGUGGUUCUGGUUCUUGUUCCUGAACAGAAUCUACCAGUCGCCUUUACUAUUAUCGCUGUACAAGUUUUACAAAGCCGUAUUACGAUUGACAACACACACAACAGAGAUUUAUCGCAUUAGCAACUCGACAGCAGAGCGAUUGGGAUGGCACCAGGACAACAACGAGCAUGACGAGACCGUGGAUAAGGAACAUGAUACGGUGCCUCUUUUGAAACGAGAACCUUCUUUUCCUGAUAUCGAGGAUGCUGCAGCCAUGAUCCCUGUGGACGCGGUCUAUCGCAUAGAUCGGUCUAUCCUUUAUUCCAAAGUGCUGGAGUUGGAACGACGCGAGCUCGAAUCAUCCUCUUGUAACGUGGAAGAAUUGACCGAUGCGAUCAUGACAAAGAAAGCAUUUCCUUUGGAUGAAUCUCUGAAAAGACCUGCAGCAUGUGUCCUACAAGCUUGUCUUUCUCGUAUUGCUUCCACCUAUCAACUCAUGCACCUCGUCAAUGAACGCGCUCAUACAAAGUACGAUUCUACCAAUCCUCUCCAUGAACAAAAAUUACUCAAGUUGUGGAAGUGUUUAAUGCCAGAUACCGAACUCGAGGCACGGAUGACACGGCAAUGGGGCGAGAUUGGAUUUCAAGGCAAUGACCCAGCGACUGAUUUUCGUGGUAUGGGAUUGCAAGGAUUGGAUGAUCUCGUUUAUUAUGCAAGCACCCACCCUGAAUCGGCACAACAAACAUUCCUCAGCUCUCGCCAUCCCGUCUCUUGGUACCCAUUCGCUAUUGUAGGCAUCAACAUUUCACAAUUUGCUGUUCAAACCCUACGUACACGUCAAUUGCAGUAUUAUCUUUUCAAAUAUGGAUGCGACAAAAAGAUGUUUAGCGAGUUUUAUUGCUACCUGUAUCACAAGUUCAAUGCCUUUUGGAUUGCCCAUGAUCAGCCACGAUUGACAGUGAUGGAAUUUGAAGCCAAAUUCAAGGAAUUCAAGACACAAAUCAACCUCGAAUUAUCCAUCCAUGAAGCCAUGCCGUUGACUGAAUGGUUAGCACAAGAACAACAAAGGCAACAAGAAGAAGAAAAGCAAUCUAUCAAACAACAUGUUGAAUAA